UCUUAAGAAAGUAAUUUAACUGUUAAGUGGUGCGUAACAAUUGAAUCAACAACAAUUCCGACCCUAUGUUUAGUUUCGUUCGUAGAAUGGCUACCUAUAGGUCGUUAUGUUUCAGGUUACGAAAAUCAAGACUGGUUUAUACCGUCACCGGCUCUCGAAGUUGACGAGGCCGACCUCAAGUUGUCGCCGGAUCAAAUCCGGGAAACUUUGAAUUAUUUUCUUCUAUGUAGCAAUCGCGUGAGCCAAAUGACAAAGACCUACGAUGACAUUGAAGCGGUCACUAGGCUUCUGGAAGAGAAAGAAAAGGAUCUAGAACUGACAGCGAGGAUCGGUAAGGAACUUCUGGUAAACAACAACAAGCUAGAAAACACGGUAGCUUCGUUAGAAACGGACUUGAAAGCGGCUCACGAGAAAAUUACCCAACUUAGUCAUGAAAUUCACAAGAAGACGGAACUCAUUCAGAUACUUACCAAUGAUAUGGAGGAUACUGGAUUCGAAAAUGGAUCAUCGGGAAAAGUAAAUUUGGACGUGAUGAACAAAAAAAUAUCUUCUUUGGAAGAUGAAAACAAGGCCUUAAAAGCUGAAUAUUGUCGGUUAGCAUCCUGUGCUGACGAUAUUGAAGCCCAAGAAGCCAGGUUACUCAAAGAUCUUACAGGACAAUUAACUUGUGCCAAUUCAAGUAUGACUUACUUGGAGGACGAAUUGGAUAGAUUAAAAGAAGAAAGCAGACUCCAGCACGAGCAAAUUUUGGCACUGCAAUCUCAACUACAAGAUACUGAAGGCAAAUUACAGAAGGUAUUAGCUGAAAACGAAGAAGCCAACGGCCUUUUACAAAUCACCAAAGAAAAUCAAGGUAGCUUGGCGGUAGAACUGUCAGAAUUCAAAGCGCGCUACUAUGAAGUUGAAGCGUUGUUCCGCGAUGCGCAAGAGCAACUGCGCAAGCUCAGAAAGAAACAAACGCCCGGUGCCAGAAUUAACAUGUUUUCCUCUCUCGGACAGACCGCCCUCGGACCAUUUGACAGUUUACAGAGCGAACUGUCUAUGUCGAUGCAUUCUGAACCCAGUACUGAUUCCGGAAUAUCCAGUACCGAUCUGAUGCCUCAAUAUAAGAAAGUCUUCGAAACAGUACGUUGUGCCUCACAAAACUCGUUAAGCGGCAGUGACAGCCUCGGUAGCUUCCAUUCUGGCAUGGGCGGUUAUGUCAGCAGUACUGGUGCUAACUCUAGACCUCGGACGUCGUCGAGGAUGCAAACUGGUGCGGAUCUAAGACGAUCUUCUGGUUCUAUAUAUAGCAGCAGUUCUUUAGGCUAUCCUAGUAUAGAUUCCACGGGAUAUUCCGAUACGGAUUCUAGUCAUACAGACUCGGAAGAAGGAUAUCCAGGCGGCCCCCAGAAGGGCAUUCCCGGAGUACCUGGUGCUACAGAGCUGGAGGCUGCAUUGAAGAGAUUAACGCCUGGAGAGAUUCUGGCGCGAAGAGCAAAUCUUCAACAUGGACCUACAUAUGGAGGUUAUGAAGGCGAUUCGUACCUUCCCUUCGGUUGUCGAACACCCGACAGUUUAAUGUCAACGGGCUCCUGUAAUUACCUUGGUUGGAAGUUACCUGAGAAACUUCAGAUCGUUAAGCCAAUGGAAGGUUCAAAGACGCUACACCAGUGGUCGCAGCUAGCUCAACCAACCUUCGGUGGUAUUUUAGACGAAAGACCCGGUGUUAAAAUAAGAGGAGGAAAAGAAUUAGAAGAACUCGGCCUAGAAUCGUACGCCCUCAGUGAUUUAGAAGAAGAUGAGGAAUACUCCAAUCCCGGUAAACUCUUCGAUACGUCAAUGCACACAUACACCUAUACUAAUAGCACCAUAAUGCAUCCCGAUGAUGGUACUACGUCGGUGACGCACAGCCAGAGAGGCAGCAGGAUGGCUUCAAUAUGUUCCAGCGUCCAGCCUUCGCCUCCACAAACACCGAUGGCUUCGAGUAGGCGCAAUUCUUGUAGCACAUUCUCCACCACUCUGGGACUAGCGAAGAUGUUGAAUGAAAGAGGUAUAAAAGCAAUAACCCCAUCAUGCGUGCCGACUCCGAGCGGUCCCAACAGUUUUACGCCAACUGCGACCCCACACAACAGCCCUGAUAGUAGUCCAAUGUCAACAAGAUCUGGUUCUCCGGAACCUUACGAGGAAUUAAGCCUGCCACAACUCAUCUUGAGUUCGGUUCCGACGUUCCUCAGGGACACUAUCGGCGGAGGGGCCAAGAAGAAAGUUCCUCUUCCCAAGCACAAGAGGGAAAGACUUGAGAAAAACGAGGUAAUAAUGGAUCUGACUAGAUGUUGCUUACAUUUCUAUUUCUUUUGAUAAUUUUUUUCUACAUGUUUUGCUAAUUUGUUUUGUUUUUGGUGUUUUGAAGAUUCGGUUCCACUUAAUUUAAUAAAGUAGUAGAUAAAUUUGAGCUUAGUAUAAGUCUUAUCAUUUAAACUUUGA